CAUGUGUAGACUCGCAUAGAGAAGUAAUCUUAUUCGUGGAAGAUGAAGGAUCUGAGAGCAGGGAAGCAGCAAUACAUUUAGCUAAACAACUUUAUACACACAGUGAGAAAAACAUCGUUAAAUUGUUUUAUUUCACGACUCUUCAUAGACAAAUGAAGUUUGACAUUGAGUACAGGUUAUUGGAAAUAAAGGUAGCACGUGUUACCCGAGAACAAGGAAUAGAGGAAACUGGAUGCAAGUUUAAAGCAAUGGCAAGAGACUUUCUUAAACAACUGAAGUUUUACAAAAAAAAAGGAAGAAAAAACAAAAGAGCGCUAAUUGUACUAGAAAACAGUAUUGAAUCAUCAGUUGUCGCUAGCUUAGUAUUGUCCAAUAUUUCAGAGCCAUCGUUUUCAAUAUAUCGGGUGAUAAAAGAUUUCAGUUCUUCACUUUAUAAAGAUAACAGAUACAGAUUUGUAAAGGAUAUACAUAUAAGUAAAUGGAGUUCUCUAUUUUCGAUUGGAUUUAGGCGAUUUCCAGAAAUAUGUACAGAGGCUACAAUCGUACCAUGUGUUGGAAUGUACAGAUGUUCGUCUAGUAAGCAAUGUAUACCAUUUGAGCAAGUAUGUGAUGAUGUCAUUCAUUGCAAAAAUGGUGAUGAUGAACGACUUUGUGAUUCUGUAUGUCCGACGAAAUGUAAAUGUAUUGGUUAUGCAAUCAAUUGUAAUGCAGCCAACAUAUCAAUGUCUGAUAUUUCGUCAUUUACUAUAAAUGCUAUAAGUCUUGAUUUAAGUAAAAAUCCAAAAAUUAAAGAAGUACUUAAAGAAAAAUUAAGUUUUCCUAACAUGCAACGACUAAAUAUUUCAUCAUGUGACAUUCAUUUUAUUCAUAAAAGGGCUUUUUUUGGCUUGAAAAAUUUGUUGUUAUUAGAUCUUAGCAACAAUAGAAUACAGCAAUUACCUGAUAUGGUAUUUAGCAAGCUUCGCUAUCUAACCUAUUUAAAUCUGGACAGAAAUAAAGAACUAACAAUGAUUUCAUCGACUGCUUUUAAAGGUUUGAAAUCUGUAAGAAGCUUAAAAAUUUCCGGCACAAACCUGAAAAAGAUAAGUUCACUUACAUUCUCGGGCUUGGAGUUGGACAGUAUCGACAUUUCUUACAACAGAAUUGAGGAAAUUGAAGAUUUUGCCUUCAACAACUCGCUUGUUCAUAAGAUUAACUUUGAAGGCAAUAAAGUGAUAAAAUUCGGAGAAUUUAUAUUUAACGGCGUCACAUCACUUCGUGAGCUUCAUACACCUGCAUUUAAAUUCUGCUGUAUCCGACCUUGUUAUCUUCCUGAAGAAUACUGCAAACCAUUGAAGAAUGAGUUUUCUUCAUGUGAAGACCUGAUGAGAAACUCUGUACUUCAAGCAGUCCUUUGGAUAGUUGGGUUCGCUUCAUUGUUCGGAAACCUAUCGUCAAUUAUCUACCGUCUCGUGUACGAUCGUAAAAGGCUAAAAAUAGGUUAUGGCAUAUUUGUAACUAACCUUGCAGUUGCAGAUUUUCUGAUGGGUGUUUACCUCAUCAUGAUAGCAGUGGCUGAUUCACUCUAUAGAAACAGAUAUAUCUUUGUGGACGAUCAAUGGAGAAACAGUAAUUGGUGUAUUACUGCCGGAGUUUUGUCUACAAUUUCAUCGGAAGCCAGCGUCCUCUUUCUUUGCUUGAUAACAUUAGAUAGACUUUUAGUGAUCAAGUUUCCGUUUGGCACAGUGAGGUUUGGACCUAUGAAGGCCUAUGUCUCUUGUGCAUUGUGCUGGUUCAUUUCCAUCAUCCUAUCGGUCAUUCCAAUUCUUUACACAAGUCACUUCCAAAACAAAUUUUACUCUAGAACAGGAGUUUGUAUUGCAUUGCCUUUAACACGAGAUAAACCUCCUGGGUGGAUUUAUUCUGUGUCAAUCUUUGUCGGCCUGAAUUUUUGUACUUUCAUUCUUGUUGCUGUAGGACAAAUCUCAAUAUUCACAGAACUUCGACGAUCAACAUCAGCUAUGAAGAAGACAGAAAUAUCAAGAAGACGUGACUUGAAAGUUGCAAGAAAUCUUAUACUCGUUGCAACAACUGAUUUCCUGUGUUGGUUUCCGAUAGGUGUGAUGGGUAUUUUAGCCUUGAACGGAUUUGCAAUUCCUAGUGAUGUUUAUGCAUGGUCAGCUGUUUUCAUUUUACCAAUAAACUCUGCUCUAAACCCGUUUUUGUAUACAGUGACAGCAAUAAUCGGGAAAAAGAGUUUUAAUCCAAGCCUUGAUGAGCAGAGUCGAACAGUGGUCCAGAAAGAAAUUGGUAAAGCCAUUUUGGAAUACCAGCAAUUUAGCAGAUCUGUGCGGAUGAUAAGUGAACUUGUACCAGUUGGGACGAAACGUAGUAUUCAAGAAAUUCUUGAUGACGACAGUUGCUUGUCAGUCAAUGUUGUUGCGGCUCUGUGCAAAGAACUUGCCGAUUAUCUACGUCUAUUGCAUGAAAAUUAUAUUGCUAUAGAUCAGAUAAGUGAGGAAAACAUUUACAUUCAAUUGUAUAAAACAAAGGUAAACAAACCAAUUGUUGUAAUCGAUGCCAAAGCGUCGUUAGCUGCUGAUGAAAGAGCUCGUCUGGAAAAUAUUCGCCAAUUUGGUAGCAUUCUGCGAAAACUUAUUUUAAAAUGUGAAAAGGGUUUAAAGUAAAGAUUGGUAUUCAAUGAAAGGAAGUUUUCUCUGUGACGAGGCAUAUAUACUCAGUAAUAUAUAUGAGUGAGCCAAAAAUAAGUGUUGGAGCACCAUACUGUUUCUACACUGUCAACAGUAGAGACAUUUCAUUCGUACAGGAUGACGUGAUAAGGAAAUUAAAUUACUUUUUUACUUUUUAUAUGCAUAGAAAUUUCGAAUUUCAAGUGACGUAUUAUUUUUGUUUAAGAUAUCUUUGUACAUAAACGUUCAUUGAACCGUCAUUAUGUCAUAAAAAUUUUCAUACUUAGUUGAAUUAUAAUCGGAACAACUCGGCCUUCAUCUAAAAUAAUGCCGGACUUAAUGUAGUUCCUACAAGUGGUUUUAGAUGUAUUAAAGAACAGAGGGCACAGUAUUUAAUAUAAUGUAACAAAUGUUUGUAUUUAACAUGCCAAGAAAUACAUAAAAGUAUAUUUAGGUAAAAUAAUGAUUUAAAAUAUGUCUUUCAAUCAUAAUCAAUUUAAAAAUGCCAACUGAAAAUCAAACCCAAAUUUAUGUCAACAAGUUUCUACAACCAUCAUAAUAAGUAUAUGAAAAAUGUACUGCUUACUUUUAUAUCUAUGAAUUUACUUAAUUUAUGUUGAUUUUUACUCGAUUUAUUUUGGAAAAAAUAAGUCAACAACUUUUGGCAUUAAAUUACUAUUUACUUAGCGUAGGUUAGACAGACCAACAUACUGUAUCCGUUCUGUCUAUUCUUACUGUUGUGUUCGAUCGUGUUCUUAUCCGAAGUUUGACAGAAAGGGCAGAGAAGUUGCGAUUGUGUCAAAUUAUGGUUGUUUUCAUGUUUUUGAAUUAAAUACGUUUGUUCGGAAAUUGUGGUUGCUAUU